AUGAUGAUUUUCGGGGAGCAGCAGCACAUUUUCGAGGCGUCGGGUCUCGCCACGAAAUCUGUGAUUGUUUAUAGCGAUAGAGCGGAGGUGAAGCGGCUGGUUACGGUGGAUUUGGUGAAAGGGACACAUGAGAUUGUGGUGCAGGUGAGGGUUACUGUAAUCUGGGAAUUUUUGAUCUACAGGGGUUACUGUAAUCUAAAAUAUUCUGUAGUUUUGUUUUGAAAGCCUGGGUUUUUGGUGCCAAGAACCUUGAAUUUUUGAUCUACCAGAUCUGAUAAAUCUUGGUUACUGUAUUUUUUUCCACGUGGAUCCCGGAUUUUUCUGAAAUCCUCUUGAUCUACAGAAUUUCAUGAAAACUUUCUGGCGCGAAAAAUUUUGGACAAUUUUGAUCUACAGAAAUUUCUAGAAUUUCAAUUUUCCAACGUGAACUUUUACUUUUUUCUGUUUUUUUAAAAUUUUUAUUUCUCGAAAGUUGUAGAGUUUUUAGAUCUACAGUAACCCAAUUUUUUCAUAUCAAAAGUGCACCAAAAAUGACAUAAUCUGACCGAUUUCUGAUUCUUAUGAAACACACUUUGUUUGUUUGGUAAUUGUAUCAAAAAAAAGAAGAAUAGAUUAUAUGUCAAAAUUUGCACACUGUGCACUUUUUGGUGCUCAAAACUCAAAAACAACUCCAAAAAUGGGCCGCCUUAUCGCAUUUCGUCGCAACCCACGCGAUCAAAAAAAUGAAAAGAAAAACGUGCGAAAAUGAGCGAUUUUUUGCAGGAAAAUUAGUCAUUUUGCGAAAAAAAGAUCAGAUUUUCAGAAUGUUUCUGCUGUAAUUGAACGUCAAUCGGUUCGUGUGGACGGACACGGUGUUUUGAUUCAAGAGGUGCAAUAUCAGGAAAUGCCUAAUGAUAUGACUAUUGAGAAUGAUAAGGUAAGUUGGGCCUUAAAGUCGUUAGGGGGCUUGAGAACUUCAAGAAAGUAUACUGACCUUAGAUCUUGAGCUCUUUAAGACCCUAUCCUACUAAAACUUCUCUUUAAGUUAUCCGAAGUCCUAAGCCCUAAGCCUACAAACAACCUUGCGGUUCUCAGGUACUUCAAGAUUGCUUACAGGAUUCGAGCUAAAAAGCCUAGCCUAACUUUCUCCAGAUAAUCAACCUCGAGCACCAAAAACUAGACCUCGAAACCGAACGCUUCUGCCUCGACGACGAAUGUAUCUCAAUCCAAAAACGCAUCGAAGUUCUAGACGGUGUCGCCGCCCAAAUCUCCGCCUCCUCAGCCCCCACUCCACUCCAACCACUUCCACCAUGCCACGUGGCAUCGCAACCAAAUUUGCUAGCCCGUCGACACACGGUGAAUGAACCGCCGUCGCCGGGAAUUUUUACGGGGGCCGCGACGGAAACUGGACGAUUCUUCGGCGCCGCCGCUUUCAAUCAGGACAGUCUGGAGAAUCUGGCCAAGUUUUUGAAGUAUUAUGGAGAUGCGGUGCGAGAGAUGAAGAUCGAGUUGAGGAGGAAACAGAGGGAGAGUGAGAUGUUGACGGAGAGAAUCGAGCAAAUCGAGAGACAGGUUGAUCAGUUGAGAUGUGGUGCAGAGUAUGAUUCGGUUAAGAGGUGA